UGGACCAGCUCUUUAUCUUGCCUUGAGAUUAAUGGUUUUUGGGACAGGAGACAGCUAAAGAGAAGAUGUUCACAGACCCAUUAUUAUGUUCUAGCUGACUGCCUUUGACAAACAUAAAUAGCCCUGAGAAUGAGGGUCGCCGCCCAGGCGCUGGAGCUGUUCACAGGACAGCAAGGCGUGAUUCAUGCCUACCGUCACCUCUAUCGACAAGGCCUCAAAGCUAUCAAAUAUUCAACUCCAGCCCGAUACGCCCUUUUGAAUACUCUUCGAUCGUCUUUUCGCUCAUCAGCUCGAGAAGAAUUGGAUCCACACAAGAUCUCGAACACCCUCCGCUUUCUCCAACGUGCCACCGACGUUGCCGGCAUCGAGCAUAAGAUAGUUAAGAACUUGAUGAUAGUCCGCUACUGGGAGCAACCGUUAGUCAAGAAAACACUGAAGACGCUUGAUCAAACACAGCUCUCCGAGAAAGGAGGAAAUGAACACUUCAAUAAGACAUUGAUACUCCUGAAUGAAAGCCUAGGGAUGUGUCUCAGAUAGACAGAGCAUCUUACAUGGUAGAAGUAUCGCUCUGCCGUGUCGUAUAUCGACCGAAUCGGGCAGGAUCCUCUACCCCAUACUUUUUUCCAGGACCGGGUGGGAUAUUCGAGUACAUACAGAUGGUUCUGCAGGCUCAAUGGGUCUCACAUUGUAAGUAUCUACCUAACUAUCUGGUACGAGUUCCAGAUGCCGUUGAUCAUGUUAAUAGAGUAUACAGGCAAGUUCUCGGCUUGAAGCUGAACAACAAUGUCGGCAACUCUAUUAUCAAUUCAUCUAAUACAAUUCCAAGUCAUC